AUGGCCUCCAAUUCCGAGCUCGCGGAAAUCAAGCUACUCCUCCACUCUCUCGCCUCGGACAUCAAAGCCGUCAAAGCCGACGUAGCGGAGCUCAAGAAAAGCCAAGUCCAAAGCCAACAGAGCACCCCAACCUGCGCCAAACGCACAGAUGGCGGUUCAAAGUUACCCAACAUCGAGAAAGCGCUGAGCGACACUGAGACCAAACUGGCUGAUCAUAUUCGCGAUACCCAAUCAGCGAUCUUGCAGCUUGUCGAGGAGGAGAAGGUCUUGAUCCAGGCGGAGGUGGUCCAGCUCAGCCGCACUGUGGGGACUGCGUUGGAGAAUGCGAAGGAAAAGAUGAUGGAAAUGGUUGCUGAGGUGGUGGAUGAGAACAAUCGCAAGCGAAGCAGGUCCACGGCUGGCCUCGAUGAGGAUGACGAUGAUGAUGAUGAGAGUGAUAUGGAUGAAGACAACCCUGACGACUAUGACUCGUGGACGAAGCGGAGGCGGGUUUCAUCCGCUCUUGAUAAGACCGUGAUGGAUAUCAUUGGCAUAGCUGAAGAAACCUUUGAUAAUGGCGGAGUCGCGCUUGAGUGGCUUCUCGGGGCACUCAUCUCGUUUCAUAACAGGGCCAACGGCGGCAGGAUCAGACGCUGGUACGUCUUUCAAAAAGAAGGAGAGAUUGGCUUUGGGUACUGUUUAUAUGGGCUUUUCUACCAUGGGCAUGAGCAUGAAGGGGUUGCUGAAGGCCUCUGCUUCUGCAGGGAACGUCACCCACCUGGUUUGAGGCAGAGGGCUACCAGGUGUAUCCGCGUCAGACGAAGCGAGGACGGUUCUGGAAAAUUGCAGUUUUCUUGGGGAGCGGAUAUUGGACCUGCCCCUGUUCUUGGCAGGUAUGAGUGAGCCCGGCGGGCAUACCUCUUGAAGGGACGCAUUCCUCGGUUUGUCGGGAUGGGGGAAGUGCAGGCUGACGACGAGGGAGUGAAGGGUAUGACAUCGGACAACGAG